AUGAACUUCUCCAAGAUCAUCCAGACAGCCUUCCUGCUGGCUCUCUCUGUCCCUGCUCAGGCAUGGAACAGACUGGACAAGGAUAAUGCGGCUCUCUUGGUCAUCGAUCACCAGGUUGGUCUGGCCCAGCUCGUGCGUGACUAUGGCACCAAUGACUUCCGCAACAACAUGCUUGCGCACGCCUCCAUCGGCAAUGUUUUUGAUCUACCUACUAUUCUGACUUCCUCUUCCGAUUCUGGUCCCAACGGCCUUCUGCUGAAAGAGAUCACCGACAUGCACCCCAAUGCCACUUUUGUUCGCCGUCAGGGCGAGGUCAACGCAUGGGACAAUGAGGAAUUCCGCAAGGCUGUCAAGGCCACCGGAAAGAAGCAGCUGAUUAUUGGCGGUAUCGUGACCGAAGUUUGCACCGCCUUCCUGGCUAUGUCGCUUAUCGAUGAGGGAUAUGAGGUCUUCGCCAACACCGAUGCUAGCGGAACCUUCGAUGUCAAGCUCGCUGAGGAUGCUAACCGCCGCAUGGAGCGCGCUGGUGUCACUCUCAUGGGCUACUUUGCUAUUAUCUGUGAUCUUAUGCGUGACUGGCGAAGCACCCCUGGCCUCAACGAGAUCCUUCCCGUCCUUGACAAAUACCAAUUUGCUUACGGUCUGGUUGCCCGCCACCAUGCCGGUGCUAUUGAGAACGGUACCCUGGCUGCUAUUGAGAGCACUUUGAUCUAA